AGUUAGGAUCCAUUCAAGGUUGCAUUCGCCAAAGAAGACAAACAUGGCUGCUUCCAUACUUUUUGCUGUACUUGUCAUUUUCAUCCAUGAAACCUCAGGGCAUGGUCGUCUAAUUGAUCCUCCAUCGAGGAAUGCUAUGUGGAGGUUUGGCUUUAAGAACCCUCCCAAUUACAAUGACAACGAAUUGAAUUGUGGAGGAUUCAGCGUGCACUGGCAAAAAAACAAGGGAAAGUGCGGCGUCUGUGGAGACCCUGCAGGAGUCAAAAAGCACGAGUACCCCGGAAAGUAUGCAAAUGGCAUCAUAGGAGAAGUUUAUCAAGAAGGACAACAAAUUGAUGUAGCUGUUGAUCUUACAUCGAAUCACCAAGGUUGGUUUGAGUUUAGAAUCGCAAAGUUAACAGGCAAAGCUGUAAGUGGUGACAACAGAGGUAGACUGGUUGGUCAAUUGCUGGAGCUUGUUGGUGGUGGGACGAGAUAUCAAAUCCCACAAGGGUCGGGGGAUGAAGUCUUCAAAAUCAAACUGAAGCUACCAAGCGGCCUCAUCUGCGAUCAAUGUGUAAUGCAGUGGUGGUACAGUGCUGGUAAUAACUGGGACUGCGAUAGCACAGGCUGCGGUGUCGGCAAAGGUAAGCAGGAGCACUUCAUUAACUGUGCUGAUGUGAAGAUUGUGCCAAAAGGAGCACCGGUCCCGGAACCCAGUGUGACGAAAAAGCCUCCAGUGAUCGUGACUGACAAGCCAACGCAAGAAAGACAGGACUGUAGAGCCGUAGGUGCAUGGGCUGGUAGCGUCAAUAUGAACAGGUGGUGCAGGCAGAAUUGUGCCAUUGGAAGAUGUCCGUCAGCAUACUGCAAAUGUGACAAUCCGGUUUGAAACUUAAUCGAGCAAUGAAAUAAAUGCAAUGAAAAAUUGUUACCCGUUUUAA